AUGCAUGAACAGGAUAACGUGGGUGUGGGCGCCGUUAGGGCUGUUCUUAGCAAUGCAGCAAAAGCGGAUGGGGUUAGGACUUGCACGCCCAAUGAGAUGGUGUCCACAGCGAAUCUGAUGGUUCAAUGGGACACAACUGCCGGCAAGCUUGUCAACGGCAAGUACCUCACAUACCUCAUCCAGCGUCUUACCUUGCCUUUCUCUGUAAUCGUGAUUGCCGAGGUCCAGGGUGUUGUUGAAUCCAACCUUGUGUGGGCUUUUGUGGGUUUUGUGGAGGAACAAGGGUAUCUCCUCUUCAAUGAAACCAUGACGGAGCUUGAGCUUCUCAACACCGAACAACGAUUCGACAAUUGGAACCCUUCCAGAAUUCUAUCUAGGAUGCCGCUAGCCCGCUCUGACGUGCCAACUCCAGGCAGCCCCAUGGCAGACGUUCACCAUCGAAUUGGAAACUGA